CACGAAACACUUCACUUGAGAUCAACCAACUGGGAGAAUCUUUCCAUUAUUACAUGUAUACCCUACGGGUGCUAUGAUGAUGGAAGGUGGAAGGAUUACAAAUCUGUGCGCUUCCCAGACCGUGACGCUUAGAUACGCGAAAUGUGCUUAUAUGUACUGUACCGAGCACCUAAGUGUGUCGAAUUAGGAAAUACAGCCCCUGACAAGCGCCGAUACUACUUAAGGUACUACAAAGCAAAGCACACAACGUCACCCUCUUAUCAUCACGAUUUAUCAGACUGAUAAUGCCUAAUCCCAAACAUCAUGAACAGUUUUACUUCACUUUCAUCACAUUUAUGGUCGAGGACUGUUUAUUCCGGGUGCCUCGUGACACACUAGAGUCGCAGUCGGAGGUCUUUCGCGAUCUGUUUCUACUACCUGUUGAGGCCGACCAAGCUGAAGGAUACUCGGACACAAAUCCUAUCGUUCUCGAGGGUAUUCUCAAGGAAGAUUUUCAAUCUCUUAUGAAGGUUUUAUAUCCCAUGCCAUUCACCCGCCUACCACCUUCUCCGGAUGCACUUCCAGCGACCCUCGAGGAGUGGACAAGCAUAUUGAAGCUAUCCAAAAUGUGGGGCUUCACCCACAUUCAGGAAUUCGCCAUUCAACAGAUGGAGCCUAUGCUUGCUAUCCGUCCUCUAGACCAAGUUGCACUUGCUCAAGAUUAUGGGGUCACAGAAUGGCUGGUCCCGGGUCUGCUGCAACUUGCAAGGAGAGAAGAGCCCAUCGGGCUCGAAGAUGUACGGAAACUUGGACUGGAUACUGCGUUGAAGCUUGCCGAUAUUCGGGAGAGCGCACAGUCUAGUGCUGUGCCAACUUGGGCUGGACGUCCAAGUUAUUUUAUACAUCCCAUACCAGACCGUUCAACUGACGUGCCCGCCAUCACUGCGACUGGUCCUCGAGGAUCUACUUCAUGUGAUUUCACCAAUCGAAUACGUCAAGUGUUCAAUUUGCAGGAGUCAUUUCAAACUCCAGAUUUUACAUUACAAGUCGGAUCGACGCAAUUCCUAAUACUAUAAUACUGUUUAUACUUUUGUAUAACAUUUAUUUAGGGAGUGCGAGCUGAUGAUGGUGAAAGCCAACCAAGGCG